AUGGCUGACUUGCUCGUCCCGGCGUCCUCGUCGCCUGCAGCACACUUCAAGACCCUGCUGCAUUCGUCCACGCCUCAAAGUGGUGGCACGCAGACGAAAUCGUUGCGGUCCUCCAAAUCCACACCGAUCCUCCGCGACGGUUAUCAGGGAGCCAUUCUUCGAACCGUCGAGGGCGUCAACAACCUGCUGCUGUCGUGGAAAGAUGGCUUGUCUCCGAAAGAGCGGGAGGAACGACGGGUGCGCGAGCAAAGGCGCCAAAUUCUGUGCGAGCGCAUGAAAAACGCCGACACUCUGGAGCAUUGGGACGCGGCCGCCAGGGAGCUGGACGAGCUGGAAGGCAACGAUCUGUGGAAGCUGGCCGAUGCGACCCCCAGCGAGAGCUACAACCCAGGGCUGAUCGCCGACCGUUUAGCACAGCUGGAGGACGCUCGCACCAGCAGCGACAUUCACCGGAUGAUGCAUCUUGUGCGAACAGCGCUGUCUCGAGACCUCGGCGGCAUGGACGACGUGGACCUCUAUCGGCAUUCGUACGUGGGUACUAAAAGACUUAUUGAACGGUACGUCGAGUCGGCGUUGGCGACAAUCGACACAAUCGUCACGCAGAGCACCUACGACAAGUCAUUGGAGCUUCGAGGCCUCCUCGAGGGUAUGCUUUUCGCGAGGCAGAGCUUUGGACGCAGCGCGCUGCUGCUGUCGGGGGGCGGCACCUUUGGCAUGGCCCACGUUGGCGUGCUCAAGUCACUCUUUGAAGCCAAAUUACUGCCUCGAAUCAUAUCAGGCGCCAGUGCCGGCAGCAUCGUCUGCGCAGUUACCUGCACUCGUACUGACGAGGAGCUGCCUGACUUGAUGCGCGAGUUUCCCUAUGGCGACCUGGCAGUGUUUGAGGAUCAGGACAACAGAGACGGCAUCCUGGGCCACCUUCGCCGACUCUUGACCGAGGGCAGCUGGUCCGACAUCAAGCAUCUCACCCGAGUGAUGCGAGAGUUGACGGGCGAUAUCACCUUUCAAGAAGCCUACAAUCGCACACGUCGGAUUCUCAACAUUUGUGUCUCGACCACCUCCAUCUACGAGCUGCCCCGGCUGCUCAACUACAUCACUGCGCCAAACGUGAUGAUCUGGUCAGCCGUGGCGGCAUCGUGCUCGGUACCACUCAUGUUCAACGCAUCACCACUCCUCGUCAAAGACCCCGCCACUGGCAAGCACUCCCCUUGGAACCCCUCGCCCCAACGGUGGAUUGACGGUUCCGUCGACAAUGACCUGCCCAUGACGCGGUUGGCCGAGAUGUUCAACGUGAAUCAUUUCAUCGUCUCGCAGGUCAACCCUCACGUCGUACCGUUUCUCUCAAAGGACGACUACCUCUCGCCAGAGAGCCGCCACCGCUCCAAAGCCGGCGCGCGAGACGACAUGGACUGGAUGUACACCCUGACCACCCUCGCCAAGGAAGAGGCUCUGCAUCGGUUGCAAUUCCUCGCCGAGCUAGGCAUCUGGCCGAACCUGGUCACCAAGUUCUGGGGCAUCCUGAGCCAGCGAUACUCAGGCGACAUCACCAUCCUGCCAGAGAUGAGCCUGCAGGAUCUCCCCAACCUGCUCACCAACCCCACGUCCGAUUUCAUGCUACGCUUGUGCCACGCUGGCGAGCGUGCGACGUGGCCCAAGCUAAGUCGCAUCCGGGACCGCUGCUCGAUCGAGAUGGCUCUCGAUCAGGCUGUACACCGUCUGCGGGCCCGUGUCGUGUUCUCCGAGGGCGGGCAGGAUCUGCAAUCGCAGCAUCAGAGCUUUGGCAACCUCCUGCGUCGUCACAGCGGUAACAAGGCAAACACGCGGAGCCGUCGCCAGUCAGGCGGAAGUCUCCUGUCCGUGGCAAACCGUCGCGCCCUGCUGGAAGAUGGUGCCCACGCGGACGAAGACAGCACGCGAGAGCCGUCCGCCGAUUCGCAUCACCCAACACUGAGACGUGCCAGUAAGAGCCACGUCCAAGUGAAUCAGUACAAGCGGCCGAGCACAGCGGAGCGAACCCAAUCAUUCACGUCAUCGGUCCAUGCGCCCAAAGGUCCCCUCAAAGGAAUGGGGGCAUUGAAUGGGACGUCCCCAAGGCCGGAGGCCAGUGUCGCGUUCCUCACCUCGACGGAGGAUGUCGACACCAGUGAACCAGGGCCUUCAAGUGACCUGGACAUUGGCGAACCCUCGACGGACGAAACCGAUCUGGAGCAUUGGCCGUCCACGGACCCGUAUGGACAUUUGACGAUGAAAUGUUGA